AUGACUUCCGUCAUCGAGCACGACACUCGUGGGCGAAAGCGAAGGGCCGAGACCGACGAUGGCAACGACUCGGAUGACUCUGUCAUUAUUCUUCACAAAAGUCCCCGAUACAAACAAGGCAACGUCAAAGCACCCAUCGACAUUGACUCUGAUGACAGUGAUGACGGUGUCAUCUUUGUACCUCACCCAGCCAAGCCCACAGCGGCCGGCCGCGCGAGAGGGUGGCCGCAUACGAACGGUUCUAGCAGUCACGUUGGCCGAAUCACCCCACAUGCUUCUCCGCCGGCACCCCUUCCUGGCCCUUCCCGCUCUGUAGCCCCCCGAUCUGCAAUUCGCCCUCUCUACGAUGCGCCUCAACCGGAGUUUUCAAACACGCCCGUAAAAAAACGCAAGGCCGAUGCUGUUGGAUUUUCCGCUCCCGACGAGCCGGCCGGCGCUGGUCCCUCAAACCAUGCAGCACCUGUAGCUGUGCAUGCUCCGGGUCCUCUGUUCUUUCUUCCAUCCAGUCCGCACGAACGUCUUCCAGAUGAGGAAGCUGCUCAGCUACCCCCACUGCCCCCUUCAGCAUCCCCAUCACCCCCUCCUCCGGCUGAUGCCGUGCCUCCGCCUGACACCCCGUUUUCGAAACCUGCUUCAUCAAACGAUGUCCCUUCAAACCCCCUUGACCCAAAUUAUAUCCUGAUUCAUGUUCUCGAAAUCCUCCCCGAUAUCGAUCCUGAAUACGCCCUCAAAAAUAUAGAUACAAUUCUUGCCACUGGCCGUGCAAACGGACUGGCAGAAGUUGUGGUCGACAGAGCUUUGGAAGUGCAGGGUGGAUACCCCACGGUCAAGAUUGAUAAAGGCAAAGGCCGGCCAGCACCUGAAGAAAGCAUUGAACAGUACAAGCUCCCGGGCCAUCGUGCCGAGGAAAGAAAGGGGUAUCAAUAUCAAGAUCGAUGCUUGCGCGAGCUCGAAAUCAAGUUUGCUUCAAUACCAGUCGGGUAUAUCCGGCAACUUUUUCAAGAGACAAACUCCCUUCUUGUCCCGGCAUACUACAUCUUGCUUGAGAAAAGCAGACUGCGACCAUUACCAUACAAUGCCCUCUUGCGGCCUCGUAAAGCCAAGGCUGCAGUUAGGCACUCGGUUGCAGAUGACGACGUCGGGAAGGUGGCGUUUGAAAGAGAGCUCGCCUGGUUGGAAGCUACGAUAAGCGAAACACAGCGAGAACAAGACGAAGAAGAUGCGAGACAAAGACUGAUCGAUGCGGCAGUUGCCAAGGGAGAAGCGAUAGAAUGCGGCUGCUGUUUUGGAGACGACAUACCAGAAAACAUGUUUCAGUGCGAAGAUGGCCAUCUUUUCUGCAAAGACUGUACUAUCAGAAAUGCAGAAACGAAGCUGGGCGAUCAAUCGACUACAAUCACUUGCAUGGACACCUCCGAAUGCAAAUGUUCAUUCCCGGAGAGCGAACUCAGACGGUCACUCUCCACCAAGACUCUCGACUUGUAUCAUCGUUUGAAACAGUCCAAGGAAUUGGAGCUUGCGGCCAUUGAAGGUCUCGAAAGCUGUCCUAGUUGCGACUUUUCCGCCAUCAUUGACAACCCUCACGAAAAGCUGUUCAGGUGCAUGAACGAAAGCUGUGGACGUGUGACUUGCAGGAAAUGCCGACGACCGGAGCAUAUACCCAAAACAUGUGAAGAAAUGGACGCCGAGAGCAAGUUGGACCGAAGACAUGCCGUGGAGGAUGCCAUGUCUGCAGCUCUCAUCAGAAAUUGUCCCAAGUGUACGAAGCCGUUUAUCAAAGAAUCUGGUUGUAAUAAGAUAAUGUGCUCCAACUGCAGAACAACCUCAUGCUACAUAUGUCGGCAAAUCAUCAAAGAUUAUGAACAUUUUGAUCGAAACCCGGCCAACUAUGCCGCGCCAAUCGCAACCGCCAGAUGCGCACUGUGGGAUAAGGACGCAAAUCCGGAUGAGGCUGCGAUCCUAGCUGCUCGAGACGGCGCCACUGCGGAAGCCCGUGCUGCGGCAGCUCGUGACGGUAUCAACCUAGAAGACAAAGACCUCCAUGUUGCCCUUCCCGAUAGGGUUGCUCAAGCGGGCCAUCCGUAUGCCCAUCUCGCUGGAGCGCCUGUGCGCCUUCCUGGACGUAUGUAA